GCUAGGUGCUUAACUAUGGCGGCACAAACCAACCUUAACAUCACCACAGACCGGUCUGCUCUUCUUGCUCUCAAAGCCCAUAGCAAUCAAAACAUGAUCUUUACCAAUUGGUCAACCACCACCCCUGUUUGCAACUGGGUUGGCGUCAUUUGUGGUGCACGCCUUCAUCGAGUCAUAGAGUUGAACGUCUCUUACUCUGGUCUCGCGGGCACCAUUCCUCCUGAGCUAGGCAACUUAUCAUUCCUUGUUGAUCUGGACAUCCAAAAUAACAGUUUCCAGGGUACCUUGCCUCACGAGUUGGCUCGCCUGCACCGGUUGAAGUUCAUUAACUUGGGAUACAACAAGUUUAUGGGAGUGAUACCAUCAUGGUUUGGGUCCUUGUCCAAACUUCAAGGUUUUAGGUUGUUUGGUAAUCAAUUUUCAGGUUCGAUACCAGCUAUCAUCUUCAACUUAUCUACGUUGCAAGAAAUUGAUCUGAGUUAUAACCAACUCUCAGGUAGAAUCCCCAGAGAAAUCAGGAACCUAACAAUGUUGAAGGCAAUCUGCCUUGAUAAUAAUAAUUUUAAAGAAAUUCCAAGUGAGAUCGGCACUUUGAAUCAGCUUGAAAAGUUGUUUGUGAAAGAAAAUGCCUUAAAAGGGCCUAUUCCUAUGAGUGUCUUCAAUAUGUCAUCUUUGACUACUGUAAAUUUCUAUAGAAACAAGUUGAGUGGUAGAAUUCCUGACAAUAUAUGUCAACAUCUUCCAAAUAUCCAAGAGUUGAACUUGGGUAUCAAUCAAUUUGAUGGUCCACUUCCAUCCAAGUUUUGGCAAUGCAAACAACUUCUUACUUUGGGGUUGGGGGAUAACAGAUUUAGUGGAAGCAUACCCAAAGAUAUUGGGAACUUAACUCGGAUAAAGUUGAUUAGCCUUGUCAUCAACAGCUUGACAGGUCCUAUACCAUAUGAGAUUGGUUAUCUUCCAAAUUUAGAGGAAUUGGUGCUCGGUCAAAAUAAUCUAAAUGGCCAGAUCCCAUCCUCAAUCUUCAAUAUCUCCACAAUAAAAGUAUUAUAUCUCAGCUUCAAUCAGCUUUCAAGUAGCCUCCCAGCAGACAUAGGUCUUGCGCUUCCAAAACUAGAAGUGUUUGCAGCAGGAGGGAAUCGCCUCAGUGGAGUAAUCCCCAAAUCCAUCUUCAAUGCUUCUGAGCUUCGGUUUCUAGACCUGGGUGAGAACUCUUUUUCUGGAUAUAUUCCAACCCCUCUGUGCCUCUUGACAAACCUUAAAUGGCUCGGAUUAUUCAUCAAUAAUUUGACCAUUGAUACCUCUACUCCAGAAGUUAAUAUUUUUUCUUGUCUGCCAAAUCUUAGAAAUUUGAGCUAUUUAGACUUUGGAAGCAAUCCACUAAAUGCGAAGCUUUCGAUUUCCUUCAGUAAUUUCUCUACAUCACUUCAAAAACUUCAUUUAGCAAACUGCAGCUUGAGAGGUGACAUCCCCAGUGAUAUUGGGAAUUUGAGUAGCUUGAUACUUUUAAGCCUGGGAGAUAAUCAAUUGAGCGGGCCAAUUCCAAGCUCAAUGGGAAGACUGCAUAAUCUUCAAGGUUUGCUUAUGAUUGAUAACACAUUGCAAGGAUACAUUCCAGAUGAGCUUUGUCAACUAGAAAAGUUAAGUGAAUUGUAUUUGGGUGGGAAUCAACUCUCUGGUUCUGUACCUUCCUGCUUGGGUAAUCUAACAGCAUCUCUAAGAAAACUAUCCUUCGAAUCCAAUUUGUUGAAUUCCACAAUCCCAUCUUCCUUGUGGGGACUUGUAGAUAUCUUGGAACUAGACUUGUCAUCCAAUUCUCUAAUUGGACCUCUAUCAGGUUCUGUUGGUAAUUUGAAAGUUGCUAUAUACAUAAAUGUAUCAUACAACCAAUUAUCUGGGAGUGUACCAAGUAGCAUUGGGAGUUUAGUGAGUUUGGUCAAUCUCUCCUUAGCACAUAACAAUCUAGAAGGCCCUAUUCCUAGUUCCUUUGCAGAUUGUGUAAGCUUAGAAGGAUUGGAUUUAUCUCGAAAUAGUUUCACUGGAGUGAUUCCAAAGUCUCUAGAAGCACUCUCACAUCUCAAGUACCUGAAUUUGUCUUUCAACAGACUCCAAGGAGAAAUUCCAAGCAGCGGUCCUUUCAAAAACUUCUCUGCUGAAUCAUUUGUUUCAAACCAUGGACUCUGUGGUGGAUCCCAAUUUCAAGUUCCACCAUGCAAAAGAAAAACUAGUAUAUCUAUCUUCAAGUAUGUUAUUCCGGGGAUCUUGUCAGCAAUGCUUCUAGCGGCCUCCAUAUUUUGGAUGUUGAUGUUACGCAGAAAAAAGAAUGCAACAGCUGCAGCACAUACUAUCUUGACACCUCAAGUUUUCUGGAGAAGAGUUUCAUACCUAGAGCUCCUACAUGCAACAGAUGGAUUCAAUGAAAGCAACUUACUUGGUACUGGGGGUUUUGGCUCAGUAUAUAAAGGAACAUUGUCAGAUGGGAUAGACGUUGCGAUAAAGGUUUUCAAUUUGGAGUUAGAAAGGGCAUUUACAAGUUUUGAGGUUGAAUGUGAAGUGCUAAGUAAUGUUCGUCACAGAAAUCUUGUCAAAGUCAUCAGUUCCUGCAGUCAAAUUGAUUUCAAAGGUCUUGUAUUGAAUUACAUGCCUAAUGGGAGCCUUGAGAAGUGGUUGUAUUCUCAGAAUUCUUCUUUGCACAUAAUGCAGAGGUUGGAUAUAAUGAUAGAUGUUGCAACGGCAUUAGAGUACCUUCAUCAUGGUUAUGAAGUACCUAUUGUCCAUUGUGAUUUGAAGCCAAGCAACAUCCUACUAGAUGAUGAUAUGGUUGCACAUGUUGCUGAUUUUGGUAUUGCAAAACUCUUGGGUGGAGGAGAUUCUAUGACUCAAACCAUGACUCUAGCCACAAUUGGGUAUAUUGCUCCAGAGUAUGGAAUGGAAGGAAUAGUGACCAUAAGAGGGGAUGUGUAUAGUUUUGGUAUUGUAGUGAUGGAAACAUUCACAAGAAGGAAGCCAACCGAUGAGAUCUUCAUUGGGGACAUGAGAUUUAAUCAAUGGGUUGCAAGUUUUCUAGAUGCGGAUGCUAUAGCUGAAGUUGUGGAUGCUACUUUACUUGGAACCGAGGAGGAUCAUGAAUUCGUGAGCAAGAGGGAGUGCUUAUCAUCCAUUAUGAGAUUAGCUGUUGCUUGUUCAGCAGAAUCACCGGAAGAGAGGAUAAACAUGCAAGAGGCUGUAGCCAUGCUUAAAACAAUCAAGAUCAAGUUUUCAAAGCACGCUGCAGCAGGAGAAGACUGAUUGCAAAUCGAAUGAAGUGUGUUCUAGAAAGCCUCACAUCUCGGAGAGCAUGAUAAUCGGCUUCAGUGUGUGAAGAAGUAGUCUCAUUUCAUUGUCUGACACCUAUUUUCUCUUAAAAACCUGACACUGAUUCAUUGCUCUAAGCUCCAUUACUUGCCAAUUGCAAAACUUGUGAAUAUCCUUUGCCAGACCAAUGGAGGCCAAAGAAGGCUAAAGCUGGAGAGGAGAAAUAAUACAUUGAUAUGGGAAAGCUUAUGAAAAUGAAGCUAGAAGGGGUUUCAGGUAGGACCAUGGAGGUAUUGGUGGAUGCGGUUUCUUAGUUCGGCAGGGUUGUCCACCUCCUAUACUGAGUUGUACGAUGAAGGGGUGAACAAAAUAGCCAGGAGAUUGCCAGUGAGACGGAAGCAGCUGCUGCUGCCUACCACAUUUUCCUUAAUGUUUCUCUGCCUGGUUCCAAGUGCAUUGAGGAGGAGGACCUCAUGAGGUUCAUGAUUGAGGAAGAGGUGGAAGUUGCAUUUUUGCUGAAGAGCUCUAUAAGAUUAGCUGGAAAGCCAGUGAAGGUCUACAACGCUCGCAGAAGGAUUAAUUCAAAGUUUAAAUGACACCAAAAAAAGCUGUAAAGCAAUUGGAUAAAUUGUGAUUAGCAUCCUGAUUGUUAUUAGCAUUGUAUUGUGGCUUCUUUUGGUGGAAAUCGCAACCACAAAAGUACAAGUCUUCCUCUCUUCGGAGCUCGUAUUGGAAAUCGCAACCAAUUGAUGAGAAUUUUGGAAAAGCUAAACAUCACAUGCUCUGUGCAGCCCCCACAGAGUUAAUCUCAAUUGAACUAAAUCCGACGCUGGAUGAUCAGUUCAAUCAUAGGUAUGCAUUGCAAGCUAGCCUAGGAUUUAUGAGGUGUCAGGGUGUUGUACUCCAAUCAUUGUACCAUUAUAUUCUUUAUCAUGUAAUGCAGCAUAUUCUUUA